AUGGCCGGGCGCAGGUCUUCAAACGUCUUCCCCCUCCCAGGCAAUAGAGGUGGUGGCCUGGAAGGGCCAGUGCCCGUGCGAGUUGACACCCCAACUUGGUUGAGCAGCCAAGCAGCCACCAGCAGGUUAAUGGUGCGGCCUGGUACGGGGCCAGGCAUCUGUCCAGGCUCUGGGGUGUGGGGAGUACCUCUGGUUCCCUCACCUUAUGAAUUCCGAGGAGGGGUAGCACCCUACGGAGCUGGUGAGGCAAGGGCCUGGUCCCAGAGGUCCUCUGAGGAUACCUGCCCAGGACCCUACAUCGCUCUGAGGUACAUGCCAAAUUUGGCACUACCAGAAGAUGUUUCUGCCAUACAGAAAGAAAUGGAGCAGCUGGCCAAGGAGCUGAGACAGAAGAGGAUGACCCUGGGGUACUCACAGGCCGAUGUGGGGUUCGCUGUAGGAGCUAUGUUUGGGAAGGUUCUCAGCCAGACAACCAUAUGCCGUUUCGAGGCCCAGCAACUCAGCCUCGCCAAUAUGUGGAAGCUGCGACCCCUGCUGAAAAUGUGGCUAGAGGAAGUAGAUGAGAAGAACCUUCUGGGCAUAUGCAGAAUGGAGAUGAUCUUGCAGCAGGCCCGGAAGCGGAGACGUGCAAGCAGAGAGAGACGCAUUGGGAGCAAUCUGGAGAAACUGUUCUUGCAGUGUCCAGAGCCCACGCCCCAGCAAAUCAGCUAUAUUGCUGGGCGCCUCCGGCUGCAGAAGGACCUGGUCCAAGUGUGGUUUUCUAACCGGAGCCAGAUGGGCAGUUGGCAGAGCAGCGAUACCUCCCGGAGGGAGAAUGUGGGGGCAGCUGGGCCUCCUUUCCCAGGGCCACCGGUGUGCUUUCCCCUGGCACCCGGGCUCCAUUUUGAUUUUCCCCACUAUGGGGGGUCAUGUCUUACACCCUUGUAUUCCUCUGCCGCAUUUCCUGUACGAGGAGCCCUUUUGUCUGCCCCAUCCACCACGCUGGGCCUCCCCAGGCUGUCAAGCUGA